AUGGGCCGUGGCUGUUCCGUGCUCUGCGGGCGGUACCGGGCGGCAGGCUCCCCUCAGUGGCCACUGAGCUGGGCAGCCGUGGUCUCUUCAAAUGUGCAGUGGCUGACAACAGAGGAGAGGAGCGAACUUAUUCCUGGCCUGAAGGCAGCAGGAUGGUCAGAAUUAAGCGACAGAGACGCCAUCUACAAAGAGUUCACCUUCAAAAAUUUUAAUCAGGCUUUUGGCUUCAUGUCCAGGGUUGCCCUGCAGGCAGAAAAGAUGAAUCACCACCCAGAAUGGUUCAACGUGUACAACAAGGUCCAGAUAACUCUCACCUCGCACGACUGUGGAGGCUUGAGCAAACGUGAUGUGAAGCUGGCCCAGUUCAUCGACAGCGCUGCCGCUUCUCUGUGAUCGCCUUCCAUGCGUGCAAAGAUCAGAACCUGGUCGUCUGCAGCGUUUUUAAGACCAUUCAUGUGAAUAAGUUAAAUCAUAAAUUUGUUUGUUUUUACAUAUAUACAUUUUUGUAUACUUGACGCUUAAAUACAGAAUGAUUUGAACCCAAA